AAUUAAACAAACUAUUUACACAAUGUUACAAAUUACAAUCAUUUAAAACAGGCCGAAAGUAUGGGAAGACUCGAAUUUAUCAAAUUCUUACAUGCUUCCUAACUUUUCUGCUCCAAUGGACCACAACCAGGGACAUAAAACGUAAUUUCACAAUCCCAAGUCCAUUUUCAUUUCAACUGCUUUUCUCUUCUGUCCCAAUCAAAUUCAAAAUCAAUUCAGACCAAUGAGCAAAGAAGGAAGUAGAAGAAGAGGCGGAUGGAGUUGGACUUCCGCCCUCGUCGGCGCCGCUGCUGCCGGCAUGGCGGUGGCGGCACUGUCGUCGAAGCCACGGGACCCAGAUUUCCACCUCAUCUCUAUCGACCUCACUUCCUUCAAGCUCAAUUUCCCAGUACUAGACGCUGAACUCAUCCUCACUGUCCACGUCACAAACCCUAAUGUCACUUCAAUUACUUACUCGUCUACAGAAAUGUCGAUUUUCUACUCCGGCGACCACCUUGGUUCGGCUCGGGUGAAAGCCGGAUCACAGCCGCCGCGUUCCUGCCAGGUCCUCCGGCUACCGGCGCGGCUGAGCGGCGUUCAACUGGCUCAUCACGGCAAGGAAUUCCUGUCCGACGUGGCGAAGCGGGAGAUGGUACUGGAUGCUACGGUGGAUAUAGAAGGAUUUGCUAAGGUGAUGUGGUGGGACCAUAAGUUCCGCGUGCACGUGGAUAGUCACGUGACUGUCGACCCGGUUUUCUUUGAUGUUAUUGACCAGGAAAAUAAGUCGGCUUUGGAGGUCUUCGUUAGGUGACGUCUGAACCGGCCACCCGGCGGUUCCCCGGUCAGUUUAUUAUAUUUUGUUUAAGGUUUAAUAUUGUUCCUAAGUAUGACUCAUGUUUCUCGCCCCACGUGGUUAAAUUAUAUAAAGCUCUAUGCAAUCUAGUUAAUUAAGAAAAGAAAUGGUUGCUCUUUUGAAAAUUGAACUUUGUUUCCUCUAAGUAAAUGAAUUAUGUUCAGUAUGGUUGUCCAAUGUGUGAAAUUUUAAAGAUGAGGUUCAAAUUUUAAAAAGACAAUAAGUUAUUACUUUCUCUUUCCCAAUUUAUAUAAAUAUUUUUUGCCUUUUGAGA